GCAUACACACGGCCGGAGAUGCCUUGCUUUCAACAAGCACGCCCAUCUCGCCGAUAUACCAAACCCAAGCCUCCGCCCCGGUGUAACCUCGGAUUCCCGGUGGCCACGUUAAAACCCAGCCCCGAGCCCAUGCAGAAGAACACGGCCACAACUUGCUGAUCCCCGUCUACCCCUGUCUCGCCGGCGAUCAGAGCCAAGCUAAGGUGGGAAGUAGCUAGCUAGCUAGGCGCGGGAAUGGCGAUCGGCGGGAUCAUCGGCGGCCAUCACCGGCACUCCGUGGUGGCGUCGCGCGUGGCCAUGUUCGCGCACCUGCUCUUCCUCACCACCGCCGUGCUCAUGCUCGUCUGGCUCCUGCGCUUCCGCGGCGGCAUCAACAUACAGUCCGACGACCCCGAGCAGAUCUUCAACGUCCAUCCCUUUGUGAUGACCUGGGGGUUCAUCCUUCUCAUCGGUGAAGCCAUACUGGUGUACACGACGAUCCCGAUGAACCACCGGGCGCAGAAGAUGGUGCACAUGCUGGUGCACCUGGUGGCCUUCAUCCUCGGCGUCUUCGGCAUCUACGCGGCCUUCAAGUUCCACAACGUGGCCGUGGUGCCGGACCUGGUCAGCCUCCACUCCUGGAUCGGCAUCGGCGCCAUCUCCCUCUUCGCGCUGCAGUGGCUCAUCGGCUUCGCCGUCUUCUGGAUGCCCGGCACGCACGAGCACACGCGCGCCGCCGCCGCGCCCGUGCACGUCGCCGGCGGGCUCGUCAUCUUCCUCCUGGCCGUGUGCGCCGCGCAGACGGGGCUCGUCCAGAAGAGCGCCAGCGCCACGCCCGGUACCGAGGCCAGGCUCAUCAACGUCACCGGCCUCUUCAUCGUCUUCUACGGGGUCACCGUCGCGGCCACCGUCAUGCUGCGCAUCGCCACGCGGUAUCAGUAGCUCGGUAGCCCUCUUUUCGGGUGGCCACCGGCCGCCGACGCCGGCCGAUGGGUCUGUGUACAUGUCUGUUUGAUUGGUUGUGUUUCUUUCACCAUUUGUGUACAUGUCUGUGUACAUGUUUACGUGUACUACAUGUAAAGCAAGUUUGGGUGGUUU